GUCCGUCCAGUCGUCCCCUCCGACACAGUCGCUCGUUAAUAUGUCAGUUUCAUGACUGCGUUUCUCCGGGAACAGCAAACCGAUUUGUUCUGCUUUUUACGAGGAAAAGAAGAAAAAACAACAAGCUUUUUUAAGUGUUCAUAAACUGUGAAAAUUAGCAUUUAAAGUGUUUUGAAGGGAGUGGUGACCGUAACUCGUGAUGGCUCCGCAGACCGCUGCUCGGGCUGUUCGUCAGCAUGGACUCUGAAGGCGACGCGCUGAUGAAGGAAUCCAUCAAGAUGAUGACCGAUCUGAUCGUGCUGUGCGUCACUUUGGCGCUCUCCCUCUUCUUCUGGGUCCUUUCUCUCGCCAUCAACUCCUUCUACGGAACGCUGCAGCCGGUGUCGCCGUGGCGAUGGCUGUUCUCCAUCUUGGUUCCCCUCAUAGUGACGGCCCGGGCGCUGAAGAGAAGAAGCCUGGAUCGAUCCGGAGCUCUGGGAGCUCUCCUGGUCGGAUUCGUGCUGACGAUGGCCAACUACAGCUUCUUCUCGGCGCUGCUCGCCUUCUUCAUCACCUCGUCCAGGCUGACCCGCUGGGGAGGAGCGCAGAAAAGGAAGAUAGACGCCGAGUACAAAGAAGGAGGUCAGAGGAACUGGAUCCAGGUCUUCUGUAACGGAGGAGUUCCCACGGAGCUGGCGCUGCUCUACAUGAUCGAGGUGGGCCCAGGUGAGAUCCCCAUCGACUUCAGCAAACAGUACUCGGCCUCCUGGAUGUGUUUGUCUCUACUGGGCGCGCUCGCCUGCAGCACCGGGGACACCUGGGCGUCGGAGGUGGGGCCCGUCGUCAGCCAAUCACAGCCGAAGCUCAUCACCACCUGGGAGGAAGUCCCGGCAGGAACCAACGGAGGAGUUACUCCCGCCGGAUUGGUUGCCAGCUUCCUGGGCGGGGCGGCGGUGGGCGUGGCCUACUUUGUGACGCAGCUGCUGAUGGUGGGCGACCUCCACCUGGCCGACCCCCAGUGGCCCAUCGUGGUGUACGGCGGCAUGGCCGGCCUGCUGGGCUCCAUGCUGGACUCCUUCCUGGGAGCUCACAUGCAGUAUUCAGGCUUCGACUCCAGCAUCGGGAAGGUGGUGAGCUACGAGUCGGCCACCACCCGGCGGAUCUGCGGGAAGCCCAUCCUGGACAACAACGCCGUCAACCUGUUCUCCUCCGUCCUGGUGGCGCUCAUCCUGCCCGGCCUGGCGUGGGGCGUCUGGCCUCGGUAGACCGGCGGCGGACGACGAGCGGCGCGAAAUCGACGACGAAUCGGAGGCCGGCUGCUCGUACCGACGCACGGAAAGACUCUCUGGCCGUGUGAUUGGCCGCGAUCGUGACAGACUGUCUCGUAGAAACAAACACAUGCUAACUGGAAACUUCCCGCAGAGUUUCAUGCAGUCGCUGCCGAAAGUAUUUAAUAAACCAACUGUUGCUGAAAAGCCUGCAAAAGAUGCAACUUUUUUUUUUGCAGUUGAUAAUCAGCAGUCUUAUCAAUCAAUACUCAAUUAAUAUAUGGAUACUGAAGUACUUCGGAAGUAGCUAACAGCAGCAUUAACGUUUGCCGCUGAGCAUACUUUUAUAUCAGAAGUCUUUGUUGUGGUGCCCCUUUGUUAGCUAAACCCCCACAAUGCUCUCUGCUCACCAACAUGAACUUCCUGCAGCCUGAGUGACGCCUCUACUGGUAGCUACAGUAUUAAACAGUACGAAGCGCCACCUGGUGGAACAACCAGGUACUACAGCUGAUCCACGACACAUUUUCUGAUCAUCUUCUGCCAUAUCGGUUACAUUUUUAACUGCAAUUACCUAAUUAAUAGGGACAAAACUGAGCAGAAUAUUGAGCGAACGCUUGAACCUGAAACGGCAAAAGAGCUACAAUCGCUGUUUGCGUUAAAGUGAAUUUGAUGCUAGCUUUUUAUGUCAAGCGAAAAAUAUAAUUUUGCCGUUUCUGUUCAUCUUUGUCAAUGAAAUACUUCAAAAUCUGCACAGAAAUCAGAGUUUUUUUUAAAGUGAAAGCGCUUGUUUUCGGGAUGUUAUAAGUGGAGAAUGUAGCAGAAGGUCGCAGAAGGUUUGGAGCACAGAGAGCCGACUGUUUUUAGAUUUUAAAGUCACAUAAUGGUUUGUGCGUUUUCCGAAAUGUCGGCAACAAAAUGAGGCACUGUGCAACCCCAAUCUUUCCCCGACUAGUGUGGAGGACGGUGAAAUUGUGAUGAUUCACGCUGCAAAAUGGAUGAAAACACUCUUUUCUGUUCACGUCAAGUUGUGUAUCAACGAAUUUGCUGCGAUUGUUUUGACUCGAGAUGACGGCUGCCAGUCAAAGAAAAAAAAAAAAAGAGAAGAACUCAGAUCUCGAAGCAUUUUCUCCUGAAAUAAUGUGAGCGAUCAGAGUGAAGCUAAAGCUGUUAGCACCAUCACAUGAACUAAUUCUCAGCUACAGCAUCGGAUUAAUUCCACUCAUUCGUCCCCAUUUAUCAUUUAAACCUCCCCAAAAAAAAGACGAGAAAAGAAAGUCCAGCUUUGAAAUACUGGAAUGAUCUUUAAACUUUACUGAACAGAGUCGCACCAGUGAAGUUCAACCAAACAGAAAACUGGAUCCUGUAGCACCAACGUCUGCAUUUAAGCUGUAAAAAGAACGUGUUGUGAGGUCGCAUGAGGCCUGUGAGAACGUCUGUGUGACUGUCUGGUCUUCUGUGCAAACGACAAUAAACCUCUUGAAUCUUUA